CUUCAUGUUAACAGAACCAAGGGACUGAGGUACUGUACACUGAGUUUGAGGCAGCUGGUCUACCUGGAGCUCAGGCACGGACUACUAAGAAUUCCCACCAAUGGUAGAAAGAUGGCUCUGCUGAGAUGAGCGCUUAAUUAAUGCACUGAGAGCGAGAGUCCCACCUCUCGACAGGAAUGAUUGACGUCCAAGGAUACAUAAAUUACACUAAUUGAGCUCUGCCUCUAUAUAGACUUUCCAGAGCCAACUCAUCAGAGAAGCUAGGUUGUAGAACAAUCUGUAUCUGCUUGGCAACUCUAAUUGAGUAGACUACUACAAAAUUGAAGAAGAAUAUACCUUUUUGAGACUUGCUCCUUGAAGAAAAGGUGAUUUAGAAUUUCUGUGCCAGCAAGAGAAGGAAAGAUCUCCUUAAAGAAGAGGAGAGAGCCCACAGAGAAUUACUCCCUGAGCCGCCCGUGUGCCCAGCAGGUCUGAUGUUUGCACGGAAGGAAUGGAUGUCAAAGAGCGCCGGCCUUAUUGCUCCCUGACCAAGAGCAGACGAGAGAAAGAGCGGCGGUACACCAAUUCCUCUGCAGACAAUGAGGAGUGUCGAGUGCCUACGCAGAAGUCUUACAGCUCCAGCGAGACCCUGAAAGCGUUUGAUCAUGAUUCAUCGAGGCUGCUCUAUGGAAACCGAGUAAAGGAUUUGGUCCACAGAGAAGCUGAUGAAUACUCCAGACAAGGACAGAAUUUUACCCUAAGGCAGUUAGGAGUGUGUGAACCAGCAAGUCGAAGAGGACUGGCCUUUUGUGCGGAAAUGGGGCUCCCCCACAGAGGUUACUCUAUCAGCGCAGGGUCAGACGCUGAUACUGAAAAUGAAGCAGUGAUGUCCCCAGAGCAUGCCAUGAGACUGUGGGGCAGAGGGGUCAAAUCGGGCCGCAGCUCCUGCCUCUCCAGUCGCUCCAACUCAGCCCUCACACUGACGGACACAGAGCAUGAGAACAAGUCCGACAGUGACAACGAGCAACCAGCGAACAACCACGGCCAGUCCACGCUCCAGGCUCUCCCACCUGCCCCAAAGCAGCACCCUACCCAGCAUCACCCAUCCAUCACCUCCCUCAAUCGGAACUCCCUGACCAAUAGAAGGAACCAGAGUCCGGCCCCGCCGGCUGCUUUGCCCGCCGAGCUGCAAACCACACCCGAGUCCGUCCAGCUGCAGGACAGCUGGGUCCUUGGCAGUAAUGUACCACUGGAAAGCAGGCAUUUCCUAUUCAAAACAGGAACAGGGACGACGCCGCUGUUCAGUACUGCAACCCCGGGCUACACAAUGGCUUCUGGCUCCGUCUAUUCGCCGCCGACACGGCCACUGCCCAGAAACACCCUAUCAAGAAGUGCAUUUAAGUUCAAGAAGUCUUCGAAGUACUGUAGCUGGAAGUGCACAGCGCUGUGUGCCGUAGGGGUCUCUGUGCUCCUAGGAAUCCUCCUGUCCUAUUUUAUAGCGAUGCAUCUAUUUGGCCUCAACUGGCAGUUGCAGCAGACAGAAAAUGACACAUUUGAGAAUGGAAAAGUGAAUUCUGAGACCAUACCAACCAACACUGUCUCGUUACCUUCCGGCGACAAUGGAAAAUUAGGUGGAUUUGCACAGGAAAAUAACACCAUAGAUUCUGGAGAACUGGAUAUUGGCCGAAGAGCAAUUCAAGAGGUUCCUCCCGGCAUCUUCUGGAGAUCACAGCUCUUUAUUGACCAGCCCCAGUUUCUUAAAUUCAAUAUCUCUCUUCAGAAGGAUGCAUUGAUUGGAGUAUAUGGCCGAAAAGGCUUACCACCUUCCCAUACUCAGUACGACUUCGUGGAACUCCUGGAUGGCAGCAGGCUGAUCGCCCGAGAGCAGCGGAACCUGCUGGAGACGGAGAGAGCGGGCCGGCAGGCCAGGUCGGUCAGCCUGCACGAGGCCGGCUUCAUCCAGUACCUGGACUCGGGCAUCUGGCACCUGGCUUUCUAUAACGACGGGAAGAACACAGAGCAGGUGUCCUUCAACACCAUCGUGAUUGAGUCUGUGGUAGAAUGCCCCCGCAACUGCCACGGCAAUGGAGAGUGUGUCUCCGGAACCUGCCAUUGCUUCCCAGGGUUCCUAGGGCCAGAUUGUUCCAGAGCCGCCUGUCCCGUGCUUUGCAGCGGCAACGGGCAGUACUCCAAGGGCCGCUGCCUGUGCUUCAGCGGCUGGAAGGGCACCGAGUGCGACGUGCCCACCACUCAGUGCAUCGACCCACAAUGCGGCGGCCGCGGGGUCUGUAUCAUGGGCUCUUGUGCCUGCAACUCGGGGUACAAAGGAGAGAACUGUGAGGAAGCCGACUGCCUGGACCCCGGGUGUGCUGGCCAUGGUGUGUGCAUCCACGGGGAGUGUCACUGCAACCCAGGAUGGGGUGGGAGCAACUGUGAAAUACUCAAGACCAUGUGUCCAGACCAAUGUUCUGGCCAUGGAACCUACCUCCAAGAAAGUGGUUCCUGUACGUGUGACCCCAACUGGACAGGCCCCGACUGCUCCAAUGAGAUCUGCUCCGUGGACUGCGGCUCGCACGGUGUCUGCCUGGGGGGCAGCUGUCGCUGCGAAGAAGGCUGGACCGGCCCCGCCUGCAACCAGCGCGCCUGCCACCCACGCUGCGCUGAGCAUGGGACGUGCAGGGACGGCAAGUGUGAAUGCAGUCAGGGGUGGAACGGGGAGCACUGCACCAUCGCUCACUAUUUGGAUAAGAUAGUGAAAGCAGACAAGAUAGGAUAUAAAGAGGGAUGCCCGGGGCUCUGCAACAGCAACGGAAGAUGCACCCUGGACCAGAACGGCUGGCACUGUGUCUGCCAGCCCGGCUGGCGAGGAGCAGGCUGCGAUGUGGCCAUGGAAACCCUGUGUACAGACAGCAAGGACAAUGAAGGAGAUGGGCUCGUGGACUGCGUGGACCCAGACUGUUGCCUUCAGACGUCCUGUCAGAAUCAGCCCUACUGCCGCGGCCUGCCUGACCCUCAGGACAUCAUCAGUCAGAGCCUCCAGUCUCCUUCUCAGCAAGCUGCCAGAUCCUUCUACGAUCGCAUUAGCUUCCUCAUAGGCUCCGACAGCACCCAUGUGAUCCCUGGAGAAAGCCCUUUCAAUAAGAGCCUUGCCUCAGUCAUCAGAGGUCAAGUACUCACUGCGGAUGGAACGCCACUCAUUGGAGUCAACGUGUCGUUUUUCCAUUAUCCAGAAUAUGGUUAUACCAUCACCCGUCAGGAUGGAAUGUUUGACCUGGUGGCAAACGGUGGGGCUUCACUCACUCUGGUGUUUGAGCGCUCCCCCUUCCUCACCCAGUACCACACCGUGUGGAUUCCCUGGAAUGUCUUCUAUGUGAUGGAUACCCUGGUCAUGAAGAAAGAGGAGAACGACAUUCCCAGCUGCGACCUGAGUGGAUUUGUGCGGCCAAAUCCCAUCAUUGUCUCCUCGCCCUUAUCUACGUUUUUCAGAUCAUCUCCUGAAGACAGUCCCAUCAUUCCUGAAACACAGGUGCUGCAUGAGGAAACCACCAUUCCAGGAACAGAUCUGAAACUUUCCUACCUGAGUUCCAGAGCUGCGGGCUAUAAAUCAGUGCUUAAGAUCACAAUGACCCAAGCCGUCAUCCCCUUCAACUUGAUGAAGGUGCAUCUGAUGGUGGCAGUGGUGGGAAGACUCUUCCAGAAGUGGUUUCCCGCCUCACCAAACCUGGCCUACACGUUCAUAUGGGAUAAAACUGACGCCUACAACCAGAAGGUCUAUGGGCUGUCAGAAGCUGUUGUGUCUGUGGGGUACGAGUAUGAGUCGUGCCUGGACCUGACUCUCUGGGAGAAGAGAACCGCCAUCCUGCAGGGCUACGAGCUGGACGCAUCCAACAUGGGCGGCUGGACGCUAGACAAGCACCACGUGUUGGAUGUUCAGAACGGUAUACUCUACAAGGGAAAUGGGGAAAAUCAGUUUAUCUCCCAGCAGCCGCCGGUGGUCAGUAGUAUCAUGGGCAACGGCCGGAGACGCAGCAUCUCAUGUCCGAGUUGCAAUGGGCAGGCCGACGGGAACAAGCUCUUGGCUCCCGUGGCACUGGCUUGUGGGAUCGAUGGCAGUCUCUAUGUUGGGGACUUCAACUACGUUCGCCGGAUAUUCCCAUCUGGAAAUGUGACAAGCGUCUUAGAACUAAGAAAUAAAGAUUUUAGACAUAGCAGCAACCCGGCCCAUCGCUACUACCUGGCCACAGACCCCGUGACCGGGGACUUGUAUGUCUCAGACACAAACACUCGCAGAAUCUACCGGCCCAAGUCACUGACGGGGGCCAAGGACUUGACCAAGAAUGCCGAAGUGGUGGCCGGGACGGGGGAGCAGUGCCUCCCCUUUGAUGAGGCAAGAUGUGGGGACGGCGGCAAGGCUGUGGAGGCCACACUCAUGAGUCCCAAAGGAAUGGCAAUUGACAAGAAUGGAUUGAUCUAUUUCGUUGAUGGAACCAUGAUCCGGAAAGUGGAUCAGAAUGGCAUCAUAUCGACAGUCCUGGGCUCCAAUGACCUGACGUCAGCCAGACCCUUGACGUGUGACACCAGCAUGCAUAUCAGCCAGGUCCGCCUGGAGUGGCCCACCGACCUGGCCAUUAACCCGAUGGACAACUCCAUUUAUGUGCUGGAUAACAACGUGGUCCUCCAGAUCACGGAGAACCGCCAGGUGCGCAUUGCAGCUGGGCGGCCCAUGCACUGCCAGGUGCCGGGGGUGGAGUACCCCGUGGGGAAGCAUGCAGUGCAGACCACGCUGGAGUCGGCCACCGCCAUCGCCGUGUCCUACAGUGGUGUCCUGUACAUCACCGAGACAGAUGAGAAGAAGAUCAACCGCAUCCGGCAGGUCACCACGGAUGGCGAGAUCUCGCUGGUAGCCGGCAUCCCUUCCGAGUGCGAUUGCAAGAACGACGCCAACUGUGACUGCUACCAGACAGGGGACGGGUAUGCCAAAGACGCCAAACUGAACACGCCAUCCUCCCUGGCCGCCUCCCCUGACGGUACCCUGUACAUCGCGGACCUGGGCAACAUCCGCAUCCGGGCCGUGUCUAAGAACAGGCCUUUCCUGAACUCCAUGAACUUCUACGAGCUCGCCUCACCCACCGACCAAGAGCUCUACAUCUUUGACGUCAAUGGGACCCAUCAGUACACAGUCAGUCUUGUCACUGGAGAUUAUCUGUACAACUUCAGCUACAGCAACGACAAUGACAUAACAGCCGUGACCGACAGCAGCGGCAACACCCUGCGGAUCCGGCGCGACCCUAACCGGAUGCCUGUCCGAGUGGUAUCCCCCGAUAACCAGGUGAUCUGGCUGACCAUCGGGACCAACGGGUGUCUGAAGAGCAUGACGGCGCAAGGACUGGAGUUGGUCUUGUUCACAUACCAUGGCAAUAGUGGCCUCCUGGCCACAAAAAGCGACGAGACGGGAUGGACCACAUUUUUUGACUAUGACAGUGAAGGGCGCCUCACCAAUGUCACCUUCCCAACCGGCGUCGUCACCAACCUCCAUGGGGACAUGGACAAGGCCAUCACGGUGGACCUGGAGUCAUCCAGUCACGAAGAGGACGUCAGCAUCACUUCCAACUUGUCCUCUAUUGAUUCCUUCUAUACCAUGGUUCAAGAUCAGUUAAGAAACAGCUACCAGAUCGGUUACGACGGCUCCCUGAGAAUCAUCUAUGCCAGUGGGCUGGACUCUCACUACCAAACCGAGCCCCACGUGCUGGCCGGCACUGCCAACCCCACUGUGGCCAAACGGAACAUGACGCUCCCCGGUGAGAAUGGGCAGAACCUGGUGGAGUGGAGGUUCCGCAAGGAGCAGGCCCAGGGGAAGGUCAAUGUCUUCGGACGCAAACUCAGGGUGAAUGGCCGGAACCUGCUUUCUGUCGACUUCGAUCGUACCACCAAGACGGAAAAGAUCUACGAUGACCACCGGAAGUUCCUCCUGAGGAUCGCCUAUGACACGUCGGGACACCCGACACUCUGGCUGCCGAGCAGCAAGCUGAUGGCCGUCAACGUCACCUACUCCUCCACGGGCCAGAUCGCCAGCAUCCAGCGGGGCACCACCAGCGAGAAAGUCGACUACGACAGCCAGGGCAGAAUCGUGUCUCGGGUCUUCGCCGAUGGCAAGACGUGGAGCUACACUUACCUGGAGAAGUCCAUGGUGCUGCUGCUGCACAGCCAGCGGCAGUACAUCUUCGAGUACGACAUGUGGGACCGGCUGUCAGCCAUCACCAUGCCCAGCGUGGCCCGCCACACCAUGCAGACCAUUCGCUCCAUCGGCUACUACCGCAACAUCUACAACCCGCCUGAGAGCAACGCCUCAGUCAUCACCGAUUACAGUGAGGAGGGGUUGCUCCUGCAGACGGCCUUCCUGGGCACCAGCCGCCGCGUCCUGUUCAAGUACCGCCGGCAGACGCGGCUGGCAGAGAUCCUGUAUGACAGCACACGAGUCAGCUUCACCUACGAUGAGACGGCGGGCGUCCUGAAGACCGUCAACCUGCAGAGCGACGGCUUCAUCUGCACCAUCCGCUACCGCCAGAUCGGGCCACUCAUCGACCGCCAGAUCUUCCGCUUCAGCGAGGACGGCAUGGUCAACGCCCGGUUCGACUACAGCUACGACAACAGCUUCCGGGUGACCAGCAUGCAGGGGGUCAUCAACGAGACACCGCUGCCCAUUGACCUCUACCAGUUCGAUGACAUCUCCGGCAAGGUGGAGCAGUUCGGCAAGUUCGGCGUCAUCUACUACGACAUCAACCAGAUCAUCUCCACGGCCGUCAUGACCUACACCAAGCACUUCGACGCGCACGGCCGCAUCAAGGAGAUCCAGUACGAGAUCUUCCGCUCACUCAUGUACUGGAUCACUGUCCAGUACGACAACAUGGGGCGCGUCACCAAGCGGGAGAUCAAGAUCGGGCCCUUCGCCAACACCACCAAGUACGCCUACGAAUACGAUGUGGACGGGCAGCUGCAGACUGUGUACCUGAACGAGAAGAUCAUGUGGCGGUACAACUACGACCUCAACGGGAACCUCCACCUGCUCAACCCCAGCAGCAGCGCCCGGCUCACCCCACUGCGCUACGACCUGCGCGACAGGAUCACACGGCUGGGCGAUGUGCAGUACCGAUUGGACGAGGAUGGGUUCCUGCGGCAGCGGGGCACCGAGAUCUUCGAGUACAGCUCCAAAGGCCUCCUGACACGUGUGUACAGCAAAGGCAGCGGCUGGACCGUGGUCUACCGCUACGACGGCCUGGGGAGACGCGUGUCCAGCAAGACCAGCCUGGGCCAGCACCUGCAGUUCUUCUACGCCGACCUGACCUACCCCACGCGCAUCACACAUGUGUACAACCACUCGAGCUCCGAGAUCACCUCGCUCUACUAUGACCUCCAGGGCCACCUCUUUGCCAUGGAGAUCAGCAGUGGGGAUGAGUUCUACAUCGCCUCCGACAACACGGGCACCCCCCUGGCUGUCUUCAGCAGCAAUGGGCUGAUGCUCAAGCAGAUCCAGUACACAGCCUACGGUGAGAUCUACUUCGACUCCAACAUCGACUUCCAGCUGGUGAUUGGCUUCCAUGGCGGCUUGUACGACCCCCUCACCAAACUCAUCCACUUUGGCGAGAGGGACUACGACAUUCUGGCAGGACGAUGGACCACACCAGACAUAGAAAUGUGGAAACGAAUCGGGAAGGACCCGGCUCCCUUCAACCUCUACAUGUUUCGCAACAACAACCCCGCCAGCAAGAUCCAUGAUGUCAAAGACUACAUCACAGAUGUGAACAGCUGGCUGGUGACAUUUGGCUUCCAUCUGCACAAUGCUAUUCCUGGAUUCCCCGUCCCCAAAUUCGACUUAACAGAGCCUUCUUACGAGCUCGUGAAGACGCAGCAGUGGGAUGACGUGCCGCCCAUCUUUGGAGUGCAGCAGCAGGUGGCCCGCCAGGCCAAGGCCUUCCUGUCCCUGGGGAGGAUGGCCGAGGUGCAGGUGAGCCGACGCAAGGGCGGCGGCGCCCCGUCGUGGCUGUGGUUCGCCACGGUCAAGUCGCUCAUCGGCAAGGGCGUCAUGCUGGCCGUGAGCCAGGGCCGCGUGCAGACCAACGUGCUCAACAUCGCCAGCGAGGACUGCAUCAAGGUGGCGGCCGUGCUCAACAACGCCUUCUACCUGGAGAACCUGCACUUCACCAUCGAGGGCAAGGACACGCACUACUUCAUCAAGACCAGCACGCCGGAGAGCGACCUGGGCGCGCUGCGGCUGACGAGCGGCCGCAAGGCGCUGGAGAACGGCAUCAACGUCACCGUGUCGCAGUCCACCACGGUGGUCAACGGCAGGACUCGCAGGUUCGCCGACGUGGAGAUGCAGUUCGGCGCGCUGGCGCUGCACGUGCGCUACGGGAUGACGCUGGACGAGGAGAAGGCGCGCAUCCUGGAGCAGGCGCGCCAGCGCGCGCUCGCCCGGGCCUGGGCGCGCGAGCAGCAGCGCGUGCGCGACGGCGAGGAGGGCGCGCGCCUCUGGACCGAGGGCGAGAAGCGGCAGCUGCUGAGCGCCGGCAAGGUGCAGGGCUACGACGGGUACUACGUACUCUCGGUGGAGCAGUACCCCGAGCUGGCCGACAGCGCCAACAACAUCCAGUUCCUGCGGCAGAGCGAGAUCGGCAAGAGGUAACCAAGCCCCCCUCCAGGGAGCUCUCCAGGGAGGAUGCUCCCCACCCCACCCCACCCCCCAUGCACUCCGCCUCCCAGCUGGAAGGGGGUCGGUCGGUCGGAGGAGGCGCGCGCCCGCCCCUGCAGCAGAUGUGUUUGACGGCACAAUCCAGAUCGGACUCUUGGAGCUCCCCCACCCCUAAAGAGCCUGCCAGGAGAAGGAUAACUGCUAGGAAAACCAGACAACACACACACACACACACACACACAAACACACAGGAUAGUAACAGUCAAAGUAAUAAAACUCUUUUCUGAAUGACCUUAAAGGUGAUGGCUUUAAAGAAUUUGUUUACAUGUGUAUAUCGCUGCACUCAGUCGGACUAAAAUCAAUGGGAAAAAAAACAAAAGAAAAAAAAGGGGUCUCGACCUUUUUUUUUCUUCUUCUUCUUGGGUUUUGUUUGUUUGUUUUGCGCUUCGGUCCAAUCAGCUCCUUCCAGGCGCCUUGGAUGUGAGGCUCCUGCGCUCAGACAGCAGUUGGAGGUGCCAAGUGGGACUCAGAGCGUCGCUUGUAGGAUGUAGUCUAGGUCUGUCGCGAUGCAGAAACGUGGGGCCACAGGAGCAGUUGGUCAACGACCCCGACAUGGCACCCACUGCUGCUUUGUGAAAGGACUUCGCCGCCGCAACUGACUUCGCUCCUGCGGGGGGGAUUUCGGAACGGAUUUUAACCAUGCUCAAAAAGAUUAAAAAAAAAAAAAAAAGAAAACACACAAAAACAAAACGUGGUUUGCCUUGGGGAAAACACAACGAAACAAAACGGAAACACACACACACAAAAAAAAACUGGCAACCAGAAUCCUUGUCACUGAUAAGCAAAGGAGACCCUGAUUUUUUUGUAAAUUAUGUGAGACAAGUUGUUUAUGGAUUUUUAUAUGAAUUACAAUUUACUGUACAUCAAAUAUUAGUCUCAGAGGAGUUAAUUUAUGUAAAGUGUUUAAAAAGUUUAUACUUAAAAAUAAAAUGAUAAAAACAUG